AUGGACGACUCAAUGUUCGACAUCGAUGACGCCAGCUCAGACUUUGAGCCUGUCGCUAAACCCAAGACCAAACCCGUCAAGAAAGCCGCCGAACCCAAGGCCGCAACCAAGAAGGCAACGGCUCCCAAAGCGAAGCCCGGCCCAAAGCCGAAGACCACCGUUCCCAAGAAGCGGCCUCAGAAAGACUCGGAAGACGAAGCCUCGGAAGAUGAAGGCGGCAAUGCCUUCGAUGACGAGUCCUUGCUCGAGGACACUCCUCCGCAGGCGAAGAAAGCGAAGCCGAACCCUGUCAAAGGGAGUCACAAGAAGCCUCUCGGCGAUGUUGUCAAUGAAGCCCUAGGCAUGGAUGGUGCGACUGAUUCUCCACAGCCUCAGAAGAAGAAAAAGCGCGUCUCCGAGCAAUACCAGAAGCUUACUCAGUUGGAACACAUCAUCAAGCGUCCCGACACCUACAUUGGCUCCGUGGAGCGGACAGAAAAACAGAUGUGGGUCUACAACACGGAACAGGAUUGCAUGGAGUUUCGCGAGAUAUCCUUCGUCCCCGGUAUCUUCAAGAUCUUCGAUGAGAUCUUGGUCAACGCCGCAGAUAACAAGCAGAAUGACAAGAAGAUGGACGAGAUCCGUGUUACCGUGGACCGUGAAAAGGGUGAAGUCAGCGUCUGGAACAAUGGCCGGGGUAUACCUAUCGAGAUUCACUCAAAAGAGAAGAUCUACAUCCCAGAGAUGAUUUUCGGCCAUCUCUUGACCGGCUCAAAUUACGACGACAACGAACAAAAGAUCACGGGUGGCAGGAACGGCUACGGUGCGAAGCUGGCCAACAUCUUCAGCACGGAGUUCACAAUUGAGACUGCCGACUCAAAACAGAAGAAGAAGUACAAGCAGACGUGGACCAAGAACAUGUCCGAAAUGGGCAAGGCCAAGAUCACGGAUUCCAAAGGAGAAGACUACACCAAAGUCACAUUUUACCCCGACUUUGCAAAAUUUGGCAUGACGGCCAUGGACGACGAUCUCGAGGCGCUCUUCAAACGCCGGGUCUAUGAUCUUGCCGGCACCUGUAAAGGUGUCAAAGUCAAGCUCAACGGGACCGCAGUGCCCGUCCGAAACUUCAAGAAGUACAUCGAAAUGUAUACCAAAGCCAUCAAGAAGGAGCGCGGCGAGGAGGCUGCAAAUGACACAACUGAAAUCAUCACCGAAUCUCCCGAUCCCCGUUGGGAGAUUGGCUUCGCCGUGUCUGAUGGCUCGUUCCAACAAGUAUCGUUUGUCAACUCUAUUGCCACCACCUCGGGAGGCACACAUGUCAAUUAUGUGGCUGAUCAGAUUGUUAACCGCUUGAUGGAAGUCGUGAAGAAGAAGAACAAAGGUGGUGCUCAACUGAAGCCCAACCAGAUUCGUAACCAUAUCUUCGUUUUCGUCAACGCUCUCAUUGUCAAUCCGGCCUUCACAUCGCAGACCAAAGAACAACUGACCACAAAAGCUAGUCAGUUUGGAAGCAAAUGUCAGGUUUCAGAAGAAUUCAUGAAGAAGGUUGCGAAGACUGAAGUUAUUAACAAUAUUCUUCACUUUGCUCAGCAGAAAGCCGACCAGAUCCUGAAGAAAUCUGACGGGAGUAGGCGAAGCCGAAUGAACAACCCCAAGUUGACGGAUGCGAAUAAGGCCGGCACGAGAGAAGGGCACAAGUGUACAUUGAUCUUGACCGAAGGUGACUCGGCCAAAGGUCUUGCCAUGGCAGGACGUUCCGUGGUUGGUCCCGACCUGUUCGGCGUGUUCCCGCUACGAGGCAAGCUCCUCAACGUCCGGGAUGCUUCUAUUGACCAAAUUUCCAAAAACGCCGAGAUCCAGAACAUCAAGAACUUCCUUGGGCUGCAGCACAAGAAGGUGUACACUGACACCAACGGUCUCCGCUAUGGACAUUUGAUGAUUAUGACCGAUCAAGAUCAUGAUGGGAGUCAUAUUAAGGGACUAUUGAUAAACUUCUUGCAGGUUCAGUUUCCCAGUCUGCUGAAGAUCCCGAAAUUCCUGGUCGAGUUCAUUACUCCCAUUGUCAAGGUGUGGAAGGGCGAUCCCAAGAAUCCUACUCAAUCUCGCUCGUUUUAUACCAUGCCGGAGUAUGAGGCUUGGAAAGAAGCACACAAGCACGAACGCGGAUGGGAAAACAAAUACUACAAGGGAUUGGGUACAAGCACGACGGAAGAUGCCCAGCAGUACUUCAAUGAUAUCGACAAGCACCACAAAGAAUUCGACGUCAUGAAGGAUGAAGAGACCGCUUUGAUCGAACUUGCCUUUUCCAAGAAGAAGGCAGACGAGCGAAAGGAGUGGUUGCGGCAAUUCAAGCCAGGGACAUUCUUGGACCACACAACCAAAAACAUCUCCUACACCGAUUUCGUCAACAAAGAACUCAUCCUAUUCAGCAUGGCCGACAAUAUUCGAUCCAUUCCUUCAGUAGUUGAUGGCCUGAAGCCUGGUCAGCGAAAAGUCAUGUAUGCAUGCUUCAAGCGCAAUCUGAGAAAGGAUAUGAAGGUCGCUGAGCUGGCGGGUCUGGUCGGUGGCAUGACGGCGUAUCAUCACGGUGAAACAUCUCUCCAGCAGACGAUUGUCGGGCUGGCGCAGAACUUUGUGGGAUCGAACAAUGUCAACUUGUUGGAGCCCUCCGGCCAAUUUGGUACUCGGAACCAGGGCGGAAGCGAUUCUGCCAGCGCUCGAUACAUUUUCACCCGUCUAUCGCCCUUCGCAAGGAAGCUGUUCCACCAAGCCGAUGAACCCCUUCUGACCUACAACUAUGAUGACGACAAGAAGAUUGAGCCUGAGGUAUACGUACCAGUCGUCCCUAUGGUCCUCGUCAAUGGUGCAGACGGUAUUGGCACGGGCUGGAGCUCUUCCAUUCCCAACUACAAUCCAGAAGACAUUGUGGAAAACCUGAAACGCAGGAUGGCCGGCGAAGAGUGGAAACCUAUGCAACCCUGGUUCCGCGGGUUCAAGGGGGAGGUCAAAGCUACCGGGCCUGAUCGAUUUCAAUUCAGCGGCAUCAUCCACCAGACUGGCGACUCUGAAGUUGAGAUAACAGAGUUGCCCAUCCGUACCUGGACCCAGGAUUUCAAAGAUCGACUAGAAGAAAUUAUCAAAGCAGAGAAGACUCCAUCAUUUAUCAAGGACUACAAGGAUUAUAACACCCACGAUACAGUGCAUUUCAUCAUCCAGCUGGACGAGAAGCACAUGAAGUCCGCCAACGAAGAAGGUCUGGUGGAAAAAUUCAAACUCACAAGGUCAGUGGCGACAUCCAAUCUCGUUGCAUUUGAUCCGGAAGGCCGCAUCACCAAAUAUGCGAGCGUCGAAGCCAUUAUGGACGAAUUUUACAGCUAUCGUCUGCAACUAUAUGCUAAGCGCAAGGAAUGGCUUUUGCAAGAGAUGCAGAAAGACCUCAGACGGCUCACGAAUCAAGCUCGGUUCAUUCAGAUGAUAAUCGACGGAAAACUCAAUAUUUCGAAGAAGAAAAAGGCUGUCCUUAUUGCAGAACUCCAGAAGCUUGGGUUUGAUGCAUUUCCCAAGACGCCAGACGCAGCCAAAGAAGGCGAGACCGAACCUGUUGUCGAAGAGGAUGAGGAUGACACUGUAGACGCCAGCGCCUACGACUACCUUCUCGGCAUGGCUCUUUGGUCUUUAACUCAAGAGCGAGUUGAGAGACUCCUGCGACAGAUCGGAGACAAAGAGGAGGAGAUCGAUGCUUUGAUGAAGAAAUCCAAGGAAGAUCUUUGGAAACACGAUCUUGACGAAUUCAUCGCUGAAUGGAGGUUCCAGCUGGAGGACGAGCACAACCGCAAGCGUAAUAUCCGAAAGGGACGUCGAGUCUCGAAGAAAUUUGCUACAGCAGCGACAACAAAGCCGACCAUCAAGAAACGAAAGGGACUUGGUGAUGCAUUUGAUGACGAUUCUGAUUUCCAGGAGUCUGCUCCAAAAGCAAAGAAGAGUGCACCUGCUCCGAAACCAGUUCAGGUUCCGAAACAGCGCUCUAUCACAGCGUAUGCUGCACCAAAAACAAAUGCUUUGAAGAAUGCUUUGGAUAAGCGAGCCAUGUAUACUGAUGGUGCCAGUGACCCUAUCGAGGCGCCGGAGGACGAUCUUGCGCAGCCCGGCAAUAAUGGCCUUGCCAACUCUGUGAAAGCCGAGUCCGACAGUGAGAAGCUCAUUCCCAAGGCUGCACCCCGACAAGCUCGUGCGGUAACCAAAAAGCCGACAAACUAUGCAUUGAUGAGUGACUCCGAAAGUGACAAUGGAGACGAUCUGCUCGCUGAUCUUGGUGACAUGGUGAAAGGUCUGCCAAGUAAUUCCAACCCAGAUAGCGGCACUGAAUCGCGUGCGCUUUUCUCCAAUUCUGUUUCCCGCCCUACCAGCAGCCAUGGUUACAAGCCGGCUCUCAAGCCAGCUGCAAAGACCUCUAUGGAUUUAUCGGACGAUGAGACCGACUACAAGAUGCUUGCUCCUCAACAGUCUCCAAGACGAUCUAUCAUUGUGACAAAUAAGGAUGACACCAACGUUGUUAUGGAUUCUGACGAAGACGAUGUUCCGGUGAAGAACAGCAAGAAGCCUGCACCUAAGAACGCCAAGAAGAUCGUCAGCGACGACAGUGAGAGUGAUGUUGUCCCGCCGAAAGCAAACAAGAAGGCUCCUACCAAGAAAGCAGUGAAGGAUGAGCAAGCAAAACCAAAGAAGGCGGCGCCGAAGAAGGCUUCAGCAACAAAGAAGGUUGGACAGUCUCCAGUCGCGAAGGCUUACGCAAAAAGACUUGCAAAGAAGAAGGUCGUGGAUUCGGAUGACGAUCUGGAUGCACUGGCUGAUGAUAUUCUGAAGUCACCUUCAGGCUCCGACCUGGACGAACCUGUUGCAAAGAAACCGGCGGCGAGACCUGCCAGACGAGCCGUGACCGCGAGGAAGCCGACAACCUAUACCUUUGAUGAUGAUGACGACGAUGAUGAAGAAGAUAUCAGUCAAGAUGCGGGUUUCCAAGACGAGGGUUCUUCGGCGGCUUUUUCGGAUGAGUAA